UCUGUGGUCAAUUCGACAAUUUUGAUUUUCGCAGCAUUUCGCAGUUUCUCCGUCACUAAAAAAAUCUUUGUUUUUUUCUUUUCGUACGCCCGAUAUUUAAGUUCACAUAUUAUAUUAAUUUGUGGUAAUUUGUUUAAAUUGUUGGUUGAACUUGUAUAAUUUCCUUUAAAAAGUUUACGUGUUAAAUUGAAUUGUGUUAAUUUGUGCUAAGCGAGAGCCCCAUCUUUGCUCAAAGAAAGUUUGUGAACUAUAGUGAUUUAUAUAAUAGUAUACGCACUUUUUUGAAAUAUAUGCAAAAAUAUCGUCAGUUGACUUGAGUCGAUAUCGUGUCUUUCAUUUUAAUAACAUAAAGGUGCGCGUCGCACGUCGCUGCCUACAGAUACGCACGCUGACAUCGCAUAUACGGCGACUACACUCAUCGAACGUAUUGAAGAGGUGGACAGCGGCGGCGGUGGCUCGACCGAAGUGAUGGUGUACUCUCUCGGCUGGGGCAUGGGCGAGCCGGAGCGGCGAGGCGUGGAGCGCAAACGCACUCAGCCGCCCGCCGCGCACACGCUCUCGCCAGACGACGGCCACGAGGUGGACGUUUUGCCGCUGCACAAUCAAGUGGGCGGUCACACAAGACUGUUAGUAUUAAACGAUAGCACCGUGAUCAAGCCGCUCAACAUCAGGGAGCUGCAUUUCUACCAGAACAUUCCUGAAGACAUCCAGAGCUUCGUACCCAGAUACAAAGGCGUGAUGCAGGCUUCUCACACGGGUGGCACGAAAUUGGAAAAGCGGUACUCGCCAUGUUUCCGCGACGAGAACGGGCGCAAGCAGUCGCUGGGCGGCAAGCGCAAGCGCGACGACGUGUUCAAAUUUAAAGUACACCGUAACGGCAAUGCGAGCGAAGUGCUAAAGAGCAUUGCGCAUAUGGACAAUUCUAAUAAGCAAUAUUUCCUCAUGAUGGAGAACAUCACGUCCUCGUACCGGCGGCCGUGCGUGCUCGACCUCAAGAUGGGCACGCGGCAGCACGGCGACGACGCGAGCGCUGAGAAGCGAACCAAGCAGAUCGCCAAGUGCGCUGCCAGUACGUCGGCCACGCUCGGCGUGCGACUCUGCGGCAUGCAGGUGUACGUGCCGGAGACGGGCGCGUGCCUGCGGCGCGACAAGUACUGGGGCCGCGGGCUGACGGAGGGCGGGCUGCGCGACGCGCUGCGCGACUUCUUCGCGGGCGGCGGCGGCCUGCGCGCGCGCGUCGUGCGCCGCGUGCUGCGCGACCUCGACCUGCUGCGCCGCGCCAUCGCCAAGCAGACCUCCUACAGGUUCUACUCGUGCUCUCUAUUAAUAGUAUACGAAGGUGAUGUUAAUUUCCAUCCGGAAGACUCGGGCGUAUCCACCUCCGAGUACGAGGGCGACGCGUCGAGCAGCUCGGCGGAGCUGGGCCCGUCCCCCGGGCACUUCGACAUGUCGACGCUGAACGACGAGAUGCCCAACUCGGAGCGCAAGCGCUCGCCGUUCCGGCCGCACAGCGAGGAGACGAUGGGCGGGUACGAGGAGGGCGAGGCGCCGGGCUCGCCGCGCGCGCAGCCGCCCAGCCCCGACUCGGCCGACAGCUGGAUGGCGUACUCGUCGGCCAGCAGCGAGUCGUGGCGCGGCGAGGGCGAGGCGGGCGCGCGCGAGGCGGACGGCAAGCGGCCCCGCACGCGGCCCUGGGCCGAGCCGCCGCCCGACGAGCGCGUCGACAUCCGCAUGAUCGACUUCGCGCACACGGCGUACGCGGGCGCCGCGGCCGAGUCGCCGCUGGCCACGGCCACGCCGCACGACGGGCCCGACUGCGGCUUCCUCACGGGCGUCGACUCGCUCAAGCGGCUGCUCACCGAGAUCCUGCUGCCGCCGCCCUACAGUUAAUGAUAGUGAGUUGCGAGUGGGUCGCUGCGCCGAGCGACGGGACGUUCUCAGGGUAAUUUCGUUUCGAUAUCUCACCGUCGUCCACGGACGGAAGCAGCGGUCGUGGCACUUAGUGAAUGUUGGCGGUACGAAUCCAUUAUUUAAACGUUAAAAUGAACGGGACCCAGUAGGUAUUCGGAUUUGUUUAAGUAUUAUCGUAUAAGUUAUUCCAGAUUGACGCGCUUUUUGUAUUCCUUCGAUUUCUCUUUACGUGCAUUGUUCUAGUGUUGAAUUGGUUUUUAAUUAAAACGAGUAGACAUUCCCCGAUGAGAUCAGGCUGUGUAUGUCGUUAACGAAAAUUGACAUUAAUGUAAAUUGACGUAUAUGUAAGCUUUUUCUUUAUCAUUUUCGCAUUUAGAAUCCCACUUUUAGUUCGCUUUGUAAAUAUGACAUUGACGUAAUUUAUGUGUAAUCCCGGACUACAGUUAUGAAAUCCCAGUCACCCAAGCCAAAGCUAUUUGUAAUAUUGUACCGAAUGAUUGUGAAUAGUUACAAGUUUUCUAUGAUUUUGUGCAAUUGAGUAUGUACAUAACUGAAUAUAAAAAUAUUGCAUGUUUUAUAAAUAUGUCUAAAAUAAAAUAAAUAUAUGUAACUGUAUGAUACUUUGUAAUUUAGCGUGUAAUUGGUUUCCUUGAUGUUUAAUGGAGGAAUGUUAGAAAAAUAAUUUGGCAUUCAAACAGUAUUAUUACGUGGUCGUAGUGCCAGGAGUAGGAAAUAUAUUCAGUUUCAGUGUUGAUAUUGGCGAGCAGGUGCUAGUAUCGUAAUAUUUACACUGCCAAUGUGAAUGAACAUGGUUGUGUUGAACAACCUAGCGAUCGUAUGAUUUGCGCUAGAUUGAUUGAUAUAUGGAUCAGAAUAACCGACUAUUUCACUUUGCGCACGAAAUAUAUUUGUUUGACUACAUGCGAUAGCCAACAUUCCUUCGUGCGGCGUUCGUCUUUUAUUUGUUCUUUUUAUAGUGGGAUAAAUUUAUAAAGUACCUGGUUUAAUUAGGAUGCUAGGCUGUAUCAAAUUAUCAUUUAUCUUUACGUCUGUUAUUUUAAAUAACUGUAUGACACUAUUUUGUUAAUAAAUUUUAGGUAUUGAA